UGUGAUCCGAUUAAAAAAAGUUUAGCACGAUCAUAGAGAGAAAAGAUAGUGGCAGUGGAAGAAGCUAGGCUAGAGAGAAUCACAGCAUACCUAAGCUAUAGUAGAGCUGAAUUAGAGAACCAAAAAUUUACUGAUUUGCAAGCACUAGACUUAGAUAAUCACAGCAAGCCUGAUCGAUUCAAACUCCAACUAUCUUUCACUCUGCUGCUGCACCAGCUCCAACUAAACAAAAGAGUCGAGACCAGUGCUUAUUUGGUGGAUCUUCUUGCACCCACUACCUGUCUUCGCUCCAAGUUAGCUACUUUGAUUUCCUUCUCUGGAAUCAUGGGCAACUGCUGCUCACUCCAAAUUGGUUUAGAGAAUUUCAUCCUUCGUGGCUUGGAUUCCAUUGCUGGCCAUGCUAAUUACGUGUGCAAGCUUCAACAAACCCUUCCAACUUUAUCGGCUGCACUUCAAGAACUGAGGGCACAAAGGAACGACCUGCAAAGCCAGGUUGAUCUUGCAGAACAACGACUAUUGAGGCCAUUUGAGCAAGUUCAGCUAUGGCUUUCAAAAGCAGAAACUAUGAUAACAGAGGCGGAAAAGUUGAUUGCAGAUGGCCCUCAACAAAUGAAUAACUUGUGUCUCGGUGGCUGUGGUUCCAAGAAUUACUUAUCUAGCUACAAGUUUGGUAAAAAAGUGGCCGAAAUGCUUCAAGAAUUAAGGGAUCAUAAGAGGGAUGGAGCUUUUGAGAAAGUAGCGGAGAAUCAGCCUGCAGCUUCAGUGGUAGUUAGACCUGAAGAGCAGCCGAUUGCUCUAGAAUCCACAAUCCAAAAGGCAUGGAGCUGUAUCAUGGACAAAGAUGCGGGGAUCAUUGGCCUCUAUGGCUUGGGGGGCGUUGGCAAGACAACACUCUUGACCAAACUCAACAACAAGUUCAGCACCACACCCAAUGAUUUUGAAGUUGUUAUCUGGGCGUUAGCGUCUAAAGAUUCUGAUGUUGGAAAGAUUCAAGACAGGAUUGGUAGAAAUCUUGGGAUUUCAGAUCACUCAUGGAAGAAUACAAGUGUUGACCAGAAAGCUACAUAUAUCUAUGGGGUGUUGCGCAAAAAGAGAUUUGUUGUAUUAUUGGAUGAUUUAUGGGAGAGGGUGGAUUUGAAACAAGUUGGGAUACCAAAACCAAACCAAGAAAACGGUUCCAAACUUAUUUUUACUACUUGAAAUUUGGUGGUGUGCGGCGAAAUGGGAGCUCAAAAGAAAAUCAAAGUGGAAUGCCUGGAAACAGAGAGGGCUUGGGAAUUGUUCCAAGACAAUGUUGGAGAUGAAACUCUUAACAGUCAUCCAGAUAUUCCGAACCUAGCUAAACAAGUAGCUGAAAGGUGCGGUGGGCUGCCUCUUGCACUAAUUGCAAUCGGUCGUGCCAUGGCUUGCAAGACAACACUUGGGGAAUGGAAUUAUGCAAUUGAGAUGUUGAAGCGAUGGGCAUUGCCAAAAAUGGAAAAUGAGGUAUUUUCACUUUUAAAAUUCAGUUACGAUAAUUUGCCUAAUGCCACAAUGAAAUGUUGCUUCCUAUAUUGUUGUUUGUAUCCUGAAGAUUAUUGUAUUCCCAAAAAGAGAUUAGUGGAGUAUUGGUUUUGUGAAGGGCUAUUGAAUGAAUUUGAUAGAAUCAGUGAAGCUCAAAUGCAAGGAAACAACAUUAUCAACUCUCUUUUGAAUGCUUGUUUAUUGGAAAAUGGUGGUGAAAUAGAUGGAGAAGAUUGUGUGAAGAUGCAUGAUGUGAUCCGUGACAUGGCUUUAUGGAUUACACACGAGUUCGAAGCAACAGAGGAUAGGUUUUUUGUAAAAGCAGCGGCUCAAUUAUUUGAAGAACCGGAUGUUAAGGCAUGGGAAAGUGUAAAAAGAAUGUCAAUCAUGGCAAAUAGGAUUCAAGUUCUCAAAGAAACACCCAAAUGCCCUAACCUUCGAACCUUGUUUCUUAGCCAGACUGAGUUGCAAGUGAUUAGCAAUGGUUUCUUCCAAUUUAUACCUCAUCUAACUGUUUUGGAUUUGUCAAGAAACAUUUGGUUACAAGUGCUGCCUAAGGAAAUUUCGGAAUUGAUUUCACUAGAAUGCCUUGAUCUAUCUAGGACUGGUAUAGUAAAGUUGCCAAUAGAGUUGAAAAUGUUGACAAAACUAAAAAUGUUGGACUUGAGAUAUAUGGAUAAUCUCAUAAAAAUCCCACAACAAUUGAUAUCUAGUUUUUCCAAGUUGCAAAUAUUCAGAAUGUGGUCCCUGCGAAAAAAGCAUUAUCGUAAUGAAGACAAUGUUUUGAAUGGGGGUAAUGAAAAGCUUAUAGAGGAGUUGAAAGAUUUGCAACGUUUGAAUAUACUAUGGAUAUCGGUACGAAGCACGAUUUGUCUAGAAAGAUUCCUGAGCUUUAACUAGUUUCGAUGUUCGACCCAAGCACUAGAAUUUAGAGAUUUUAGAGAAUCAAAAGUGUUCAAUGUUUUAUGCUUAAAAAAUUUGGAGUGUCUGCAGACACUAUGUUUCGGCGGUUUCAAAAAUAUGGAGGAGAUGAAAAUGGAAAAGCUGCAUACCUGGGUUUCUUCAAGUACUAAUUAUACUUCAUGCUUUCACACAUUGAGCGCAGUUAAAAUCAUUCAGUGUGUGAAAUUGAGAGACAUGAGCUGGUUGAUUCUUGCUCCAAAUUUAAGAGAUCUUGUUAUAUCUUGGUGUCCAGAAAUGGAAGAAAUAUUGAGUGAGGAAAAACUUGGUGAAGUUGCAGGUGUGAUUGGAAUUUCAUACCCUAAACCAUUUUUGAAGCUUGAAUCACUUCGAUUACAUAAUCUACCAAAAUUGAAGAGCAUAUACUGGGAUGCCCUACCCUUCCCAUGUCUGAAACUUGUUCAUAUAGUGGCAUGCCAAGAACUGAAGGAACUUCCCUCAACUCAGACAGUGCAAAAGGAAAUCAGCUUACCACUAGGGACCCAAAAGUUGGUGGGCAAGAGUAGAAUGGGAAAAUGAAGCCACUUGAGAUGCUUUUCUCCCUUCUUUCAAGCUUUUCACUGAAUGAAAUGUAGAAAAUCUUAAAAAUUGCAAAGUAGUUCCUUGUCGUGUAAUGUUUGAAUUUAGAGAAAAUAUAAUAUUCAAGUUUUGUUCAAACCCAUCUGUAUUUGUGAAUCGUUAAUCUAAAUUAUUUUAGAUAUAUAUUUAUUUUUAUUUUUAAA